AUGGCUGAUUUGAGCGGCACUGCAGUAAAGCGGGAGCCUGAGAAAGGCCCCGCGUCAGCGCUUGAUACGACAGGGGAUCUUCCUCAUAUAUAUGAUACAGUGAGUGUGGAGACGCCUGGACCAUUCGAAACUAGUGAAAAAAAGGUAGAUAAAGAGGGGGCAGAUACAGAGGGAGAUAGCGGUGAGUUCACUGAUGUGCUGGUGGAGGACGAUUCGCCGUACCCUGAGGUGCGGGCCGCCGUGCCGUCGUUUGAUGACACCACCAUGCUCCAGAACACGGUACGAAUGUGGACGAUAGGUUUGCUGAUGACUACGAUAGGUUCCGCCGUCAAUAUGUUGUUCUCGAUGCACGCGCCCUCGAUGGCAGUGAGUACUUUUGUGACGUCCAUGUUGGCCUGGCCCCUAGGCCGGUUCUGGGCCCGCUGGGUUCCGAAUGUGCGUAUCUUUGGGCGGUUUGGAGGGCCAUUCUUGAAUCCUGGGCCAUUUAGCUUAAAGGAGCACGCACUUAUCACAGUCAUGGGGAACAUUUCCUUCGGCGGUGGUGCCGCGUAUGCGACGGAUAUUUUACUUUCAAUGAACAUGUUCUAUAAGAGGGACUAUGGCUGGUUGUUCGAUUUGCUGGCUAUCUGGAGCACACAAUGUAUUGGAUUCUCGUUAGCUGGGCUCUGUUACAAAAUUUUGAUCACUCCUCCUUUGAUGAUUUGGCCCUCAACGCUCGUUCAGUGCACCUUCUUGUCCAAUAUACAUAUUCACAACAACAAGGUAGCAAAUGGCUGGAAAGUUAGCAGACUGAAGUUUUUCAUGAUUAUAUUCAUCGCUGGAUUCAUAUAUUAUUGGUUACCGGGCUACCUUUUCCAAGCGCUUUCUUCAUUCGCCUGGGUUACUUGGAUAGCACCCAAGAACGUCGUCGUUAACCAAAUUUUUGGUUCAUCUACUGGUCUAGGUUUGCUCCCAAUCACGUUUGACUGGAAUCAAAUUGCAGGGUAUGUUGGCUCGCCGCUAGUACCGCCUAUCUCAGCGAUUUUCACUAUCUUAUGUUCUAUGGUGACAAUAUUCUGGAUCGUCGUGCCAAUCGUUCAUUAUAGUAAUACGUGGUAUGGUAACUACGUCCCGAUCAGCGAUUCAACUUCUAUGGAUCGGUUCCAACAGCGGUACAAUGUCACUAAGGUAGUUAACCAAAGGCUAUCUCUAGAUCUUGAAGCCUAUCAUUCCUAUUCCCGAUUGUAUUUACCUACCACGUUUGCAAUAUCCUAUGGUAUGUCGUUUGCCUCUGUCAUGGCAACCAUCUCUCACACUGCCUGUUUUCACUGGAGAACCAUAUACAAUGGUGUGCGUAAUAUAAAUACGCAGGACCGAGAUGUCCACGCAAGGCUAAUGGAAAGAUACAAGGCUCCGCCUUAUUGGUGGUAUCUAGUAACCUUUUUUGUUUUCUUGGCGUUGUCUAUCGCAACUGUACGGGCUUGGGAUACUCAAUUGCCGGUUUGGGCCCUAUUCUUAGCGCUAGCCAUUGCAGGUUUCUUUCUAUUGCCAGUGGGUAUUAUCUACGCGUUGACAAACAUGGCAGUCGGCUUGAACGUUAUCACGGAGUUCAUCAUUGGUUACAUGCUACCAGGCAGACCGAUAGCGAUGAUGUUCUUCAAAACUUUUGGAUAUAUCACCAACAGCCAGGCCAUCACAUUUGCACAGGACAUGAAGUUGGGCCACUACUUAAAGGUCGCUCCCAAACUCAUGUUUACCGCGCAAUUCAUUGCCACCAUAUGGGGCAGUACCGUGCAGAUAGCCGUUUUGAGAUGGUCAGAGGCAAACAUAAAGGGCCUCUGUACCAAAGCGCAGCCCGGCCACUUUACAUGCCCUGGUGCCACCGUUUUCUUCACUGCAUCUAUCAUCUGGGGUGUCAUCGGUCCGCAGCGCAUGUUCUCUGCCGGUCAAAUGUACAGUUCCUUAAACUACUUUUUCGUGCUUGGCUUUUUCCUCCCUAUCGUGAACUGGCUCAUUUUGAGCAAGUGGCCCAAGCGCUUCGAGAAGUCGGGUAGGGGACUAAAGUUUGUCGCCAAAUAUUUGUCCUGGCCUGUCUUCUUUAGUGGCACUGGACUAAUACCCCCCGCUACACCAUACAAUUACGGUUCAUACUGUAUAGUCGGGAUUUUCUUCGGCUACUUCAUUAAGCGGUACUACUUCCAGUGGUGGUGUAAGUACAACUACAGUUUGAGUGCCGCGCUUGACAUCGGUUUAGCUUGGGGCGCUCUAAUCAUCUUUUUCUCGACAGGAAUAGCGGUUAGGAAGGCGCCUGUGUGGUGGGGUAACACCGUCAUUGAUACGCUUGAUACAAAUGGUCAGGCGAUUAAAUAUAUACUCCAGGAAGGGGAAUACUUUGACCGAGCAUCUCCAUGA